AAGUGGCUUAUAGUCACUUUGAUUAAAAAAAUAUUAACUUUUUCAGUGCAGAGACUUUACCCAAACUCAGUGCAGACAAACAAUUUCCUGGGGAGUUAGUUGGCGCCUGGACAACUAUGUUUGGAAGACUUGAUCAAGCAAUUCACUUUUGGAAAUACAGAGGCGGAUACGAGUCAGUUGUGAAAGCCAAGCAGUACAUCAGAGAAAAUAAGGAGUACCUUGAGUUUGUACGAAAGAGGCGAACUAUGCUAAACAACAGGGAAAAUCAGCUUCUCCGUGAGUUUAGUUUCUUUGGUGAACCUGAGCCACGGUCUCCAAGCCAUAUUUAUGAACUGAGAACAUAUCAUUUAAAGCCAGGUACCCUUAUUGAAUGGGGAAAUAAUUGGGGCCAGGCAAUUCAAAUUCGUCAAGAAGAGGAUGAUGCUGUGGCAGGACUGUUUUCUCAGAUAGGUGAACUGUAUGUUGUUCACCACAUAUGGGCAUAUGACGACCUUGCAACACGUCAAGUAAUAAGAGAGAAUCUGUGGAACAGGCCUGGUUGGGAUACCUGUGUCGCUAACACUGUUCCACUCAUUCGUCGAAUGGAAUCAAGGGUAAUGAUCCCAUUACCUUUUGGAUCUCUACAGUAAUCAAAGCAAAGGUUUUCAUUAGCUGAAGGGAUGUCAAAUUGUAUUUGUAGACAUUCCUUGCCAGGAGCAAAAAAGGAUCUCCAGUCUAAUGCUGCGUCACUUAUUUUACAUAAGUGAGGAUGAGGAUUACAGAUUUGUAAUUCAAUUUUGUUCUCAUCACCGCUAUGAUAUUGAAAAGGAAUUUAAAACUGGGUUAAUCUGUUAAUAGUGUAGGAAGUAAAUGAUUAUUUUAUUAAGUGCAAUGGAAUUUGCCAUAAUCAGAUCCCAUUAUGGCAGGUUAAAAAUGUAAUGUUUGAAUGUGACUGGGAUCAUGACCAUGUGUUCACUUGUGGCAAUAUUCUGCGUAGAGCUCCAUUGUAAAUUCCACUGAGCCAUUCCAUCUGCAAAAUGUAAUGUUGAAAGGUUCAGUUGUGGGACUGUUUGAGUAUAAAACUCAAUUUGCUGGA